UUUCAACUCAGCAGGCUUGUGAUCCCUAAACCAAUCCCACAAAUCAAGGCAAAAAGUUUUAGCCAAAUAUAAUUUAGGUCAGAUAAACAAUCUUUAAUAUAUCGUAAAACGCGUACUUUUUAAUCCACGGACUAAAUUCUCAGUUAGAACUCUAAACACACAAUAUGACAUUUAAGAAACUACUUUUCGUUUGCAUGGGCAACUCGUGCAGCUCGCCAAUGGCGGAGACCAUUAUGCAGACGCUUAUGGUGAAGACGAGUCUCUACUGGGAGGUAGACAGUGCAGCACUGCGCACCUGGAACAUCGGUAGGCGACCGCACAAACUAUGUCUGCGAGUUCUGCGAGAACAUGGGCUGCGUUCCGAUCACUACUGUCGGCUGCUGACUGUUCAGGACUUCUACUACUUCGAUUACAUCAUAGCCAUGAACGAACACAUUUACAAGGAGCUGCUGCUUUGGGCGGAUGCCAAUCAUAUUCUGCACACAUCACAUGUCAUAAUGCUGGGCGCGUACGGAAAGAAUGGCAAGAGCGUGUCGAUUAUUGAUCUGUCGCCGGCGCGCAAACUUAAAGCGUUCAGAAAUGCGUACUAUCAAAUCAAAGACUGCUGCAAGGAGCUAAUACUGGGUGAACAAGUUAGGAUUGUGCGCUAUGAUGUGCCCAGCACAGAUGAUGAUGAUGAAGAGAAGAUGUUUCAGCUGAACAAUAUAUCACACGAAGACUUCAGUGAAAGACACUAUUCCUUAUUUCCCGAAUGUCGAAAAGGUACUUCAAAACCGACCCACAGUCUGUGUUCAGUGUGUUCUAAAUGUAAGCCCAACUCGAAUGGGCAAAAGCUCUGCCACAAGUGCGGGAAAAAAUUCUUAGCUCAGCUCUGACCG